UGUCAAUCCUUCCUUUGUUCAUACUAUAACCUGUAUAGAGAACGGGCACUUGUCUGGCUUGUAGCCAAACAUGUCCCAACAUGAAAGUCGUUAUUGAGCCUCACAACCCCGAUUGGGCGACGACAUUUCUCAAAAUACGGGAGCAGCUACGGCACACCUUGAAAGACGUGUCCAUAGUAUCGAUUGAGCAUGUGGGAAGCACGUCCAUUCCCAUGCUCAAGGCCAAACCUGUUUUGGAUGUUGACAUUAUUGUCCACCCUCCGGCGCUCGAAGUCACUCGCAGGGCUCUGGCGGAGGCACACUACACUGAUUGCGGAGAAAUGAAUGUCCCGGGACGAUUCGCCUUCCGACAACCAGGAAAUGCUCGUUUUGACGCAGCCCAUGGUCCAGGGAGGAAUGGAGAAUUGCGUUAUAAUACCUACGUCAUGAUCGAAGGUUGCACCGCCCUGAGGAACCAUCUGGAUAUGAAGAGGGUACUACUGGAAAACCCUGACUUACGAGAAGAAUAUAGUCGUGUCAAAACCGAAAUGCAGAAGAGAGAUUUUGAGAAUAUUGGCCACUACGUAUCAGGAAAAACAGAGAUAUUAUGCAAAAUUCUGCGAACUGCAGGAUGGACUGAUGAAGACCUGCGUCCUGUAGUUAAGGUCAACAAAUAG